CAGGGCAGGCGGCGCGAUGCUGGCUGUGUCGUUCAAGUGGCGGCUGGGCGUGGUGAGGCGACGGCCCAAAGACAAUGGGCCUUACACCAAAGGAGGCAAGGACGCCGGAGGGGCUGACGGGGCCCUGGCGUGCCGCCGGCAGAGCAUCCCAGAGGAGUUCCGAGGGGUCACCACGGUGGAGCUGACCAAGAAGGAGGGCAGCACGCUGGGCCUGACCAUCUCGGGGGGCACCGACAAGGACGGGAAGCCCAGGGUCUCCAACCUGAGGCCUGGGGGACUUGCGGCCAGGAGUGACCUGCUGAACGUGGGCGACUACAUCCGGUCAGUCAACGGGAUCCACUUGACCAGGCUCCGCCACGAUGAGAUCAUCACCCUGCUCAAGAACGUGGGCGAGCGUGUGGUGCUGGAGGUGGAGUUUGAGCUGCCCCCGCCCGCCCCUGAGAACAACCCAGGGAUCGUUUCAAAGACAGUGGAUGUCUCCCUCUACAAGGAGGGCAACAGCUUUGGCUUUGUCCUCAGAGGAGGUGCCCAUGAAGACGGGCACAAGUCCCGCCCGCUUGUCCUGACCUACGUGCGGCCCGGCGGCCCUGCCGACAGGGAGGGCUCCUUGAAGGUGGGGGACAGGCUGCUCAGCGUUGACGGGAUCCCGCUGCAGGGGGCCAGCCACGCCACGGCCCUGGCCACGCUGCGGCAGUGCAGCCACGAGGCACUGUUCCAGGUGGAGUACGACGUGGCCAUCCCGGACACAGUGGCCAACGCUUCGGGGCCCUUGAUAGUAGAAAUCACCAAGACACCAGGGUCAGCCUUGGGGAUCUCGCUCACCACCGGCUCCCACCGGAACAAGCCAGUCAUCACCAUCGACCGCAUCAAGCCUGCCAGUGUGGUGGACAGGAGCGGGGCCCUGCAUGCCGGAGACCACAUCCUAUCCAUCGAUGGUACCAGCACCGAGCACUGCUCGCUGCUUGAAGCCACCAAGCUCCUGGCCAGCGUGUCGGAGAAAGUGCGGCUGGAGAUCCUGCCUGCGCCCCAGAGUCGGCGGCCCCUCAAGCCCUCAGAGGCAGUGAAGGUGCAAAGGAGCGAGCAGCCGCAUCGCUGGGACCCCUGUGUGCCCUCCUGCCACAGCCCCCGGCCCGGCCACUGCAGGACGCCCACCUGGGCCACCCCUGCCGGCCAGGACCAGAGCCGCUCCUUGUCCUCAUCUCCCUUCUCCUCGCCGACUGUGAACCACGCCUUUUCCUGCACCAACCCCAGUACCCUCCCUCGUGGAUCCCAGCCCAUGAGCCCCCGGACCACAAUGGGGCGGAGGCGGCCGCGGAGAAGGGAACACAAGAGUUCAUUGUCGCUGACCUCCAGCACGGUGGGGCCAGGCGGCCAGAUUGUGCACUCGGAGACCACGGAGGUCGUGCUCUGCGGAGACCCUCUCAGCGGCUUCGGCCUGCAGCUCCAGGGCGGCAUCUUCGCCACCGAGACCCUGUCCUCCCCACCCCUCGUGCGUUUUAUUGAGCCUGACAGCCCGGCGGAGAGGUGUGGGCUGCUGCAGGUAGGGGACCGCGUCCUGGCCAUCAACGGCAUCGCCACCGAGGACGGGACGAUGGAGGAGGCCAACCAGCUGUUGCGGGACGCGGCGCUGGCCCACAAGGUCGUGCUGGAGGUGGAGUUCGACGUGGCCGAGUCGGUCAUCCCGAGCAGCGGCACCUUCCAUGUGAAGCUGCCCAAGAGGCGCGGCGUGGAGCUGGGCAUCACCAUCAGCUCGGCCAGCAGGAAGCGAGGGGAGCCCCUGGUCAUCUCCGACAUCAAGAAAGGCAGCGUGGCACACAGGACCGGCACCCUCGAGCCGGGGGACAAGCUGCUGGCCAUUGACAACAUCCGCCUGGACAACUGUCCCAUGGAGGACGCUGUGCAAAUCCUGCGCCAGUGUGAGGACCUGGUGAAGCUAAAGAUCCGAAAGGACGAGGACAACUCGGAUGAACAGGAAACCACAGGUGCCAUCAGCUACACGGUGGAGCUGAAACGCUACGGGGGCCCCCUGGGCAUCACCAUCUCGGGCACAGAAGAGCCUUUCGACCCCAUCGUCAUCUCGGGCCUCACCAAGCGUGGCCUGGCUGAGAGGACUGGCGCCAUCCACGUCGGGGACCGUAUCCUGGCCAUCAACAGUGUUAGCCUCAAGGGCCGGCCACUGAGCGAGGCCAUCCACCUCCUGCAGGUGGCUGGCGAGACCGUCACCCUGAAGAUCAAGAAGCAGCUAGACCGCCCCCUCGCACCCCGCAAGUCGGGCAGCCUCAGCGAAGCCAGCGAUGCGGAUGAAGACCCGCCAGAGGCGCUGAAAGGCGGUCUGCUGGCAGCCCAAUCCUCGCCCACUGUGCCCAGUGUGGACAGCGCCGUGGAGUCCUGGGGCAGCUCAGCCACAGAGGGUGGCUUUGGGGGCCCAGGUUCCUACACUCCGCAGGUGGCUGCUCGGGCCGUGACCCCCCAGGAGUGGCGGCCCAGCCGGCUGAGAAGCAGUCCCCCGCCAACUGAGCCCCGGAGGACAAGCUAUACCCCAGGCCCUGCUGACGAGAGCUUCCCCGAGGAGGAGGAGGAGGACUGGGAGCCGCCCACGAGCCCAGCCCCUGGCCCCGGCCGUGAGGAGGGCUUCUGGCGCACGUUCGGGGAAGCCCUCGAAGACCUGGAGUCGUGUGGUCAGUCAGAGCUGCUGAGGGAGCUGGAGGCGUCCAUCAUGACAGGCGCCGUGCAGAGCGUGGCCCUGGAGGGCGGGCCCCGCCACCGGUCCUGGAGGAGGAGCCGGGAGCUACGAGCCUCCCCCGAAGGGACGCAGGAGCUGCUGCCGCCGACGCCCGUGGAGAUGCACAAGGUGACGCUGCACAAGGACCCCAUACGGAGUGACUUCGGCUUCAGUGUCUCAGACGGCCUCCUGGAGAAGGGCGUCUACGUCCACACCGUGCGCCCUGAUGGGCCGGCCCAACGUGGGGGUCUCCGGCCCUUCGACCGGGUUCUCCAGGUCAACCACGUCCGCACGCGGGACCUUGACUGCUGCCUGACCGUGCCGCUCCUGGCCGAGGCGGGCGAUGUCGUGGAGCUGGUCAUCAGCCGCAACCCGCUGGCCCAGACCAGCCGGUCCCCGCGGGCGCCCGGCCCCAGCGGCCCACGGAUGCUCUGAACUCGGCCCAUGAUCUGGACAUCCAGGAAGAUCCUGGCUCCCACGCCUGCAGCCGGACUGGAGAAGUGGCCACCCGCCUGUCCGUCUGCCAUCUGGGCAGGCUCGGACCGGACUUUGUCCUCCAGAUCUGUGGUGACGGGAGUCCGGGCCUGUUGCAGCGACAUCGAGGUCUUUCUCCAACUAGGCCUCUGAGAUGCGCCGGGGCGGGGCAGGGCGCCCAGUGGAGGUGAAGGCAGGUCGCUCAGCCAGGAGUGAAGGGGCUACUCCAGGUCCCUGCAGGCCCCUCGGAAGCGCGUCCAGCGUGGGGACAGCUCAGCGCCACACAGGGAGCGAUCGCCCAGCAGAGAUGUGGAGCUGAGUGGCUGCAGGGCAGGAGUGAGCCCCCUGUCUCAGGAGGUGAGCAAGAGGAGCUGAUCCCAGCUGCGCGGUCGCAGGCAGGGAUGUGCAGCUUCUCGGGGAUGGUUAGUUUCCCCUCAGGGGAGCAUCUAGGGUGAGGCUGGGGGCUACUUGAUCUGGAUGGCCUCCCAGCAGGAAAGACGGAAGGGGGCCAGCCCCUUUCUCUCCAGAAUCUGGGUCCGGGGCUCACCAGCUCACCCUCCCCUGCUUCACUUAGGAGACUCGGAGCCAGGGCGUCUGGAGUCCCAGGCACUCUGAGCAGUUAUUCCAUUUCUGAGACUCUGGUCGAAGCCUCUGUGGCUUGCGAUCGCAUUUCUGGGCCCGUUGGGUGAGCGUUCACAAAGCGGGGGUCAGGCUGUCCACCUCUCCUGCUGCUUUCAUAGGACGCGUGGCCAUUGCCCCGAACGAGUGCACCCCUCUCAGCCCAGGCCCCUCAGGGCGGGAGGGAGCCGUUUUCGGACCGAAGUCCCAGGUGUGUUCCAUUCAGCUGCUGUGACCGUGAAGAUGGGGAACCUUGGAAACAGGAUGCGUGUGAGGGGAUCCAGCUCCUCACCAGGUCAGCAGAGCAGGGGACAGCAGCAGAUGGAGAGACUGGGGGGCAGGGGGAGACGGGCCGUUCCUUCUCACUCCUGGGGGCGACUGUGUCCAAAGGGGUCAUGCAGGGAAGUUGAUUCUCGCUUGAAAAUCUGGAAGCACCAGCAUCGCUUAAAAUGGUUUUCCUUGUGUUCUGCUACCUUUCGGUUUGGAGAAGGGCCCGGGACAUCUCCCUGGAGGUCAGGGCUGUCCCUGCCACCCCUCCCGGGGAUGGAGGUGGGCAGAAAGCAUUCAGCCAGGUCUCCAGCUGUGCUUGGACCCUGCCCAGCCCUUAACAGGGUCCCAGGAAAACAGAGGCACCGCCCGCCCGCACCUUCCACCUCGCACCCCUGUGUCCCCAGAAUAACGCUCUUCCCCUCGAGGGGCUUGGUGAGGACCCCAGAGCUGUGUGGUUUGCACGCUGGGUCACUGUGCGUUGCCGUGUGCCCCCUGCGGGCUGACCCCUCUGCACGAUUAGGGCGGGGAUGGUCUCAGAGCCGUCUCUGCCUGUUGGACGGCAGCUGAGGAAGACAUGCCCUGAACCCGGCCAGCCCCCCGCAUCCUCGGGCUGAGGACUCCACCACUACCCCAGACGUCUGCAGCCGGGUCCCGUGGGUGAGCCUCCUGGCCGCGGCCGGCCUUCUCAUAUGCAAUAUUCCUCUGUCUUCUCACGGGGACUGGUCACCCCAGAAUUGACGUUUCCUGACCCCCGUCUCCCCGGUGAGCGUCCUGCCUGCCUAUGCAUUUUCAGUACAGCCCCCGCGCGAUGUGCUCCUCCCACCCCCUAAAAGCUGUAUUUUUCUCUGGCUGAGAUUAGAACAUAUUCCUUGUAAAGUAUUUUUCUACAAGGGGUUUUCUUAGGGCUCUCGGGAAGCACAACGUGGCGAGGGGCGCCAAAUCGUAAAGGCCAUUUGGGGUCUGUCUGGGGACAUGUGUACAGACCUCGCCCCCCUAAGUUGCAAUGACUUGGGGGUUGGGUGGGAGAUUGCUGUUGGCGUGAUUUUUUUAAAAAAAUAAAACUAUUUAC